UUUAUCAGGAAGCUCUAAAUAGGUAUAUAACAUGUGAUGCGAACCACAAGAAACAGCCAUCGAUUACCUAUCUGAAUCGCGAUAAAAAUAUUUUAAACAGACAUGAAGAUAAUUCUGGCUCUUGCAGUUGUUUUGCAAGUUUUCAUCUCAAACGCAGAUGGCUACAACUACAAGGAGGUGGUUCAGAAGUCGUUACUGUUCUACGAGGCCCAGCGGUCAGGAAAGCUGCCCUCAGACCAGAGGGUCACGUGGCGGAAAGACUCCGCCCUCCACGACAAGGGAGCCAAUGGAGAAGACCUCACAGGCGGUUACUAUGAUGGAUCUCCGCUCCUGUUUCCAGCUGGCGACUUCGUGAAGUUUGGCUUCCAGAUGUCGUUCACGGCAACGAUCCUGGCCUGGGGGUUGCUGGACCACCAGAAAGGUUAUGAGGCUGCAGGCUCUUUGUCGGAGGGUCGCAAGGCGCUGAAGUGGGCGCUUGACUACUUCCUGAAGGCGCACGUGAGCGAGAACGUGUUCUACGCUCAGGCCGGCUCCGGGGUUCUCGACCACAACUACUGGGGCAGACCCGAGGACAUGACGGAGGCCCGUCCCACGUACAUGAUCAACACGACCCACCCUGGCUCCGACCUGGCCGCUGAAACCGCCGCAGCGCUGGCGGCCUCCUACUUGGUCUUCAAGGACGUGAACUCCACCUACGCCAACAUCCUGCUCUCUCACGCGAAGCAGCUGUACAGCUUCGCCUACAAGUACCGUGGGAAAUACUCGGACGCGUUCGACGACAUCAGAUGCUGCUACAAUUCCUCCGGCUACGAGGACGAGCUGGUGUGGGGGGCGGCGUGGCUGUACCGGGCCACCGGGGACAAGACAUACCUCACCUACGCCGAGAACGAGUACUCGACCAUCCAGUACUACAUCGGGUUCAGCUGGGACCAGAAGGCAGGCGGAGCUGAUGUUCUGCUAGCCAAGUUGACAGGGGACAGAAAGUACUUGACCAAGAUGAAGAACUACUGCGACCAAAUGAUCACCUCUCAGCAGAGGACGCCGAAAGGACUGAUAUUCAUCAGCCCGUGGGGAUCUCUUUCCAGCACUGCCUACGUCAUGCAAGUUUGCCUCGAGACCGCCGCCCUGGGAGUGAACGCCGUCAAGUACCGGGCCGAGGCGAAGAAGCAGAUAGACUACAUGCUGGGGGACACCGGCUUCAGCUACGUCGUGGGGUUCGGCAGCAAGUACCCCACGCACUGUCACCACCGCGCCGCGUCGUGCCCCGACGCGCCCGCCAAGUGCGACUGGACGCAGUUCAGCACCGCCGAGCCCAAUCCUCACGUGCUGACGGGCGCGCUGGUGGGAGGUCCGGGAGCCAACGACGACUACACGGACCUGCGCUCCGACUACGUGCACAACGAGGUGGCCACCUACUACAACUCGGGCUUCCAGACGGUGCUGGCCGCGCUCAUCGAGCUGGGCUACUCCUCCGAGUAGACCCCGGACACGUCUGGCGGUCGACGGACACCCGAGAGCUACAACAUCCUUCAAAUGUAAACUCUGAUCGAAAUAAUAAAAGAAUCAUCCCCUGCCAA